AGAUGUUUUGUCAAUAUGAAUUUCUAUAUCUAUUGUACUUGAACCUAUAUGUAUGGCUGCUGCCAGUCAAAACAGGAAGACACAAAUGUACGGUGUCAAACGCUUAUCGAUGCCACUGCAAGUUCAGAGUGUUUUUAAAUAAGUGCUGUGUACCUGCUACGUUAGAGGUCAUGUUUAUUUUCUGGUGAUACAAACGGGAAACCCUGGAAGGUCUGUAGAAAUGGACGACUACAAGUUUACCACUUGGAACGGUAUUGAUAGCUGCACACCGGAGCUCUUUUUCAAACCUUCCUCAACAGAAGAACUUAAAGAGAUUUUGCUAAAAGCCAAGUUAGCAAGCCGCCGUGUGAAGGUAAUUGGAAGCGGUCAUUCUCUGAACCGUCUAGCUUGUACCGAUGGAUACAUGAUCGACCUACAGGAAUUCGAUAAAGUUAUCAAUGUUGAUUCUCAAAAUUUGACAAUAUGUGUGGAGGCUGGGAUAAAGCUCACCCGUCUAUGCGAAGAUGUCUUACCAAAACAAGGCCUUGCUUUGUCUGUGCUAUCAGUAAUUUCGGACCAAUCUCUCGGUGGAGCGAUCUCUACCUGCACACACGGCUCGGGUCUACAGUUUGGGAUAAUGGCCUCUUACCUAAUAGAUAUGAAGAUCAUGACGUCAUCUGGAGAGAUAAUUAGCUGCUCCAAGGAUGAGAAGCCUGAGCUAUUCAGUGCUGCUUGCUGCGGACUUGGGUCCCUCGGUGUCGUCUUAUCAGCUACUAUCCAGUGCGAAAAGGCAUUCAACCUGCAUGAAACGACAACACCGAUACGAUUUGAUGAGAUGGUGUCCAAGAUGGACGAUUAUCUUCAAUCGGGAGAUCACGUACAGUUCUACUGGGUACCGAACACGGACCACGUUGUGCUGUCUUGUGCAUUACGAACAGACGCACCCGCUACAGCGCCCCCAACGCCAUCUUGGUUCUGGAACUCACUCGUCGCAAAUCAUCUUUUCCAAGCCUUGUACAGGAUUAGUAAUUAUUUUCAGAGAGCGAUACCUUGGAUUAACUGGGCGUUUUACCAACUGUUCUUAUCGCGUCUGUCGUCACGGGUGGGUGCUAGUCAUCGGGUGUUCACCUUCUUCAUACCAAUGUCAGUGGUUAAUGAAUGGGCGGUACCACUGGAAAGGGCAGCCGACAUUCUUUGUGAACUCAAACGACUAGCCGAUGCAGGGAAAUUCUAUGCCCACUUCCCCAUUAGCAUCCGCUUCAGCAAGUCAGAUGAUAUCAUGCUCAGCCCAUCAUACAAACGAAAUACGUGUUUCAUAAAUCCCAUCUUUAACAUACGCUAUGGAAACAAACAUCCCAAUUUGGCAACCUGGAAGCCUUUUGAAGAUGUCGUUCGCAAGGCAGGGGGAAUUCCACACUGGGGAAAGAUUAUUACACCACUUGGUAGCUCCCAGUACAGGAAACUCUUUCCUCUUUGGGAUAGGUUUUGUGAGAUUCGCAAGGAAAUGGAUCCUGACGGCAUGUUCCUCAAUGAAUUCUUGGAGAAAUGUUUCGAGGAUUAGAUUCCAAUUACCAUACAAGGCUUGAAAAAAAUGUUAGCCGCAGUCGCAUCAACGAAACCGACUCCAAACCGGCCGAUGGUAUUCCAUCGGAAAUAACGUAAUAUUUUUGUUUCCGAUAUAGAGUUGAUUGCACCAGUGGGCCUUCGCAUUUGUGUCUACAAUCUAUCAACCCGAUCCAUGUAAGCACCUAUGCAUUGCUCGGCCUAAUUUGGAUAACUAGGCCGAGCCGGGAAAACAUUGCUA